CCACAACAGGUGUCUGAAAAUGACCUGAAGACUUGAUUGUAAAACAGUUUUAGUGUUUAAAAAAACUCUUCCUGUUCAACUGGUCAUGAUGAGAAGGAUCAACAGAAUAAUACACGUCUUUACAUGAGAUACAUCAUCCAUUUAUUGUAAAAUGUCUGCACAAAAAAUAAAAACCAAGACAAAAACGUUCAGGUUGUAUAUGGUGACCUGGAAUGUUGGCGACAGAAAUGCACCCACAGAUUUCACAGAACUCUUAAAAUUGGACAAGGAGCCAUUGCCAAAUAUUUAUGCUGUUGGGUUACAAGAAAUGACCGGUGGUGAUGACCAUGUUUACAAUGACUGGACAAAGCAUCUCACAGAAAUUCUCUCUGAUAGGGGAUAUUUCAGGUUGAAAUCUGUAAGGAUGCAAGCUAUUUUGCUGGUAGUCUUUGUGAAGAGGGAAGACAUACUGAGCUUCACACAUAUAGAAUCAGAAAUAUCGAGGGCAGGCAUGGGUGGAUGGUGGGGAAACAAAGGUGCAGUGAGUGUAAGGUUUGAUGUCAAUGGUGUAAAUCUGAUCAUUGUCAACGCUCAUCUGGCAGCACAUAUGGAUAAUGUACGGGAAAGAAUAGAGGAUUUUCAUACCAUUUUGAGGACACAGAAAUUCAGGGACAAAGAUGUGGACCAUAUUCUAGACCAUGACUACACAUUUUUUAUGGGAGACCUUAACUUUAGACUAGAGAAAGUGACAAGUACUUAUGUAGAAAGAGCCAUCAGAUAUGGGGACUAUAAAGCAUUAAUGGAGUAUGAUCAGCUACUGGAAUGUAUGGAAGAAGAUCUGAUAUUUGUAGACUUUUUAGAAGGUCAAAUAACAUUUCCUCCGACUUACAAGUUUGAUCCUGGAACAGAUAAAUAUGAUACAAGUGCCAAAAAGAGAAUGCCUGCAUACUGUGAUAGAAUCCUGUGGCAUGUUCAUGAAGAUUCAUUUGAGAAUAUAGCAUUAGAUGUUAAACAGUUAUCAUACGAGUCACACAUGUCAUAUAAACUUAGUGAUCAUAAACCAGUAUCAUCUUUGUUUGAAAUUCAGAUAUACUCAUCUCCACCCAUCCCAUUACCAGUCAGAUUUCUACAUAUAACGUCAUCUACAAAAUGGACCAGCAAUCAGGAAGAAGAUGUUCAUUAUAAAUUUGAUAUAAGUCCUAACUUAGAAUACCUUCCUGAUAAAUGGGAUUGGAUAGGAUUGUAUAAAGAAAAUUUCAGAAGUAUACGAGACCAGAUCGCCUAUGUGUAUAUAAUUCAGGGAGCAAAAAUGAACAAAGACGGCUGCUCAUUUGUAACAUUCCAUAAUUUAUCACUAGAUCCUGGAAAAUACAGAUUAUUUUAUAUCAGUGAAAAAAAAGAUACAUUGCUAGGUAUCAGUGAAGUAUUUCAGGUUGUGAAAUGAAGAUUCUGAUUUCACAGUAGAUUGGUGCCUAUAAAGACAAUGAUAUUUAUAUGAUACAUAACAACUUCCAUCAUCCAGAAUGUAAUAUUCAUCAUGUAAAUGGAUACAUUUUGAAUAUUUUAAUAAUUCAGUAAAUUAUUAUCUGAUGUAUGCAAUCUUCUAUAAAUUGUCCUGUACAUAGUCCACUAGUGCCAUAAAUAGUUUUUGGUUGUCAUACCCUAAGGAUCUGAGAAUUUAUAGAUUUUUAAAGUCUUGAUGAUUUCUCUUUAAAAACACAUACUAUUACAAGAGAGUUCAGCCAUUUAUAUUAUUAAGUUGAUUGAUAGUUGUGUAUCGUGUCACUAUUGUGUCAAGUAUGUUUUGUGUAAACCUAUUAUGUCACUAUUGUGUCAAGUAUGUUUCAUGUAAACCUUUUAUGUCACUAUUGUGUCGAGUAUGUUUCAUGUAAACCUAUUAUGUCACUAUUGUGUCGAGUAUGUUUCUUGUAAACCUAUUAUGUCACUAUUGUGUCGAGUAUGUUUCUUGUAAACCUAGUAUGUCACUAUUGUGUCGAGUAUGUUUAAUGUAAACCUAUUAUGUCACUAUUGUGUCAAGUAUGUUUCCUGUAAACCUAUUAUGUCACUAUUGUUUCAAGUAUGUUUCCUGUUAACCUAUUAUGUCACUUUUGUGUCGAGUAUGUUUCAUGUAAACCUAUUAUGUCACUAUCGUGUCGAGUAUGUUUCAUGUAAACCUAUUAUGUCACUAUUGUGUCAAGUAUGUUUUGUGUAAACCUAUUAUGUCACUAUUGUGUCGAUUAUGUUUCAUGUAAACCUAUUAUGUCACUAUUGUGUCGAUAAUGUUUCCUGUAAACCUAUUAUGUCACUAUUGUGUCGGUUGACAAUCUCAAGAUAUAUUUUGUAUGUUAGGCAAUCAUGCAUCUACAAAUUAUUUUAGAACAGCUUUUGCUGAUUUAAGGAUGUACUUAGGUGAGGUUUUGUAAUAAGUGUCAAAUGUUAGGAUCACUGAAGUACAUCAUUUAAAGGAAGACUUUAAAUAAGUGCUGCUGAUUAAUAUUUAUAUAUAUAUUUCAUUUUUAUCAGACAUUUGCUAGAUGAUAAUUUGUUUUGUGCAAAACCAUGUCAAAAUCAGGCAACUCAAACUUGCUCAAUGA